AUGCUCUUCUCACUCUUUGCCUCUGUGGCUCCUAAGACAGGCACAAACAUUGCUCUGUAUGAGUGGCUGCCCAGCUUCCUGCAGAAAACACCCCCAGAAUAUACAGGGUACCGCCCUUUCCUGGACCCCAGCAUCUCUCCAGAGUUCCUGGCAGCCUCUGAACAGUUCCUCUCCACCAUGGUGCCCCCUGGCGUCUACAUGAGAAAUGCCAGCUGCCACUUCCAGAGGGUCAUCAAUCGGAAUUCAAGCGUCUCCAGAGCUCUCCGGGUCUGCAACAGCUAUUGGAGCCGAGAGCACCCAAACCUACAAAGAGCUGAAGAUGUAGAUGCGCUGCUACUGGGCAUGGCCUCCCAGAUUGCUGAACAAGAAGACCAUGUGGUGGUUGAGGAUGUGCGAGAUUUCUGGCCCGGGCCACUGAAGUACUCCCGCACUGACCACGUGGCCAGCAGCCUGCAGCGGGGCCGGGACCUGGGCCUGCCCUCUUACACCAAGGCCAGGGAAGCACUGGGCCUGCCUCCCAUUACCAGAUGGCAGGACAUCAACCCUGCACUCUCCCAGAGUCAUGGCACCGUGCUGGAAGCCACCGCUGCUCUGUACAACCAGGACCUGUCCCUGCUGGAGUUGCUCCCCGGGGGGCUCCUAGAGAGCCACGGGAACCCCGGGCCCCUCUUCAGCACCAUAGUCCUCGACCAGUUUGUGCGUCUGCGGGAUGGUGACCGUUACUGGUUUGAGAACACCAGGAAUGGACUCUUCUCUGAGGAAGAGAUCGCAGAGAUCAGAAACACAUCCCUCUGGGAUGUUCUAGUGGCUGUCACCAACGUGGACCCCAGUGCCCUGCAACCCAAUGUCUUUUUCUGGCAUGUGGGAGACCCCUGCCCACAGCCAGGACAACUCAGCACGGAGGGCCUGCCAGCCUGUGUUCCGCCUGUCAAGCGGGACUACUUCAAGGGCAGUGGAUUUGGCUUUGGGGUCACCAUUGGGACCCUCUGCUGCUUCCCCCUGGUGAGCCUGCUUGUUGCCUGGAUUGUUGCCCGGCUCCGGAAGAGAAAUUUCAAGAAGCUCCAAGGCCAGAACUGCCAAAGCAUCAAGUCUGAGAAGUUCGUGGAGGGCGUGGAAGGGCAGGCCCGGAGGCCCCAGCUGACCCAGCCCUGUCUCUCCCCAGCGUUGGAAUGGCAGGGCCGCAAGGAGCCCUGCCGGCCUGUGCUUGUGCACCUGCAACCCGGGCAGGUUCGUGUCCUGGACUGCAGGCUCUCUGUGCUCCGCAUCAUCCAGCUGCGGCCCCUGCAGCAGGUCAACCUCAUCCUUUCCAACAACCGUGGACACCGUACCCUGCUGCUCAAGAUCCCCAAGGAGUAUGACCUGGUGCUGCUGUUUAACCUGGAGGAAGAGCGGCAGGCACUGGUGGAAAACCUUCGGGUGGCUCUGAAGGAAAGUGGGCUGAGCUUCCAGGAGUGGGAGAUGCGGGAGCAGGAGCUGCUGAGGGCAGCCGUGACGCGGGAGCAGCGGAGCCACCUCCUGGAGACCUUUUUCAGGCACCUUUUCUCCCAGGUGCUGGACAUCGACCAGGCAGAUGCAGGGACCCUGCCCCUGGACUCAUCUCAGAAGGUGCAGGAGGCCCUGACGUGUGAGCUCAGCAGGGUCGAGUUUGCCGAGUCCCUGGGCCUCAAGCCCCAGGACAUGUUUGUGGAGUCCAUGUUCUCUUUGGCCGACAAAGACGGCAAUGGCUACCUGUCCUUCCGGGAGUUCCUGGACAUCCUGGUGGUCUUCAUGAAAGGCUCCCCUGAGGAGAAGUCUCGCCUUAUGUUCCGCAUGUACGACUUUGAUGAGAAUGGUCUUAUUUCCAAGGACGAGUUCAUCAGGAUGCUGAGGUCCUUCAUCGAGAUCUCCAACAACUGCCUGUCCAAGGCCCAGCUGGCGGAGGUGGUGGAGUCCAUGUUCCGGGAGUCGGGCUUCCAGGACAAGGAGGAACUGACAUGGGAGGACUUCCACUUCAUGCUGCGGGACCACGACAGUGAGCUCCGCUUCACACAGCUCUGUGUCAAAGGAGUGGAGGUGCCUGAAGUCAUCAAGGAUCUCUGCCGGAGAGCCUCCUACAUCAGCCAGGAUAAGCUCUGUCCCUCUCCCAGAGUGAGUGCUCGCUGUUCCCGCAGUGAUGUCGAGGUGGAGCGGACAACACAGAGACUGCAGUGCCCCAUGGACACCGAUCCUCCCCAGGAGGUUCGACGGAGGUUUGGCAAGAAGGUGACGUUGUUUCAGCCCCUGCUGUUCACCGAGGCUCACCGACAGAAGUUCCAGCGAAGCCGUCGCCACCAGACCGUGCAGCAGUUCAAGCGCUUCAUCGAGAACUACCGGCGCCACAUCGGCUGCGUGGCUGUGUUCUACACCAUCGCCGCGGGCCUCUUCCUGGAGCGGGCCUACUACUACGCCUUUGCCUCGCCACCCUCGGGCAUCGCACAGACCACCUUUGUGGGCAUCAUCCUGUCGCGGGGCACGGCCGCCAGCGUCUCCUUCAUGUUCUCCUACAUCCUGCUCACCAUGUGCCGCAACCUCAUCACCUUCCUGCGGGAGACCUUCCUCAACCGCUACGUGCCCUUCGACGCCGCCGUGGACUUCCAUCGCCUCAUCGCCUCCACUGCCAUCGUCCUCACAGUGUUACACAGCGCAGGCCACGUGGUGAACGUGUACCUGUUCUCCAUCAGCCCACUCAGCAUCCUCUCCUGCCUCUUCCCUGGCCUCUUCCAUGAUGAUGGGUCCGAGUUCCCCCAGAAGUAUUACUGGUGGUUCUUCCAGACGGUGCCAGGCCUCACGGGGGUUAUAAUGCUCCUGGUCCUGGCCAUCAUGUAUGUCUUCGCCUCCCACCACUUCCGGCGCUGCAGCUUCCGAGGCUUCUGGCUGACCCACCACCUCUACAUCCUGCUCUACAUCCUGCUCAUCAUCCACGGCAGCUUCGCUCUGAUCCAGCUGCCCCGUUUCCACAUCUUCUUCCUGGUCCCGGCACUAAUCUACGGGGGGGACAAGCUGGUGAGCCUGAGCCGGAAGAAAGUGGAGAUCAGCGUGGUGAAGGCCGAGCUGCUGCCUUCAGGGGUGACCCACCUGCAGUUCCAGCGGCCCCAAGGCUUUGAGUACAAGUCAGGACAGUGGGUGCGGAUCGCCUGCCUGGCUCUGGGGACCACCGAGUACCACCCCUUCACACUGACCUCUGCGCCCCAUGAGGACACGCUCAGCCUGCACAUCCGGGCGGCAGGGCCCUGGACCACUCGCCUCAGGGAGAUCUACUCACCCCCGACCAACGGCUGUGCCAGAUACCCGAAGUUGUACCUCGAUGGGCCAUUUGGAGAGGGCCACCAGGAAUGGCAUAAGUUUGAGGUGUCAGUGCUGGUAGGAGGGGGCAUUGGGGUCACCCCCUUUGCCUCCAUCCUCAAAGACCUGGUCUUCAAGUCGUCAGUCAGCUACCAAGUGUUCUGUAAGAAGAUCUACUUCAUCUGGGUGACACGGACCCAGCGGCAGUUCGAGUGGCUGGCUGACAUCAUCCGAGAGGUGGAGGAGAAUGACCACCAGGACCUGGUGUCCGUGCACAUCUACAUCACCCAGCUGGCUGAGAAGUUCGACCUCAGGACCACCAUGCUGUACAUCUGUGAGCGGCACUUCCAGAAGGUGCUGAACCGGAGUCUCUUCACGGGCCUGCGCUCUGUCACCCACUUUGGUCGUCCCCCCUUUGAGCCCUUCUUCAACUCCCUGCAGGAGGUUCACCCACAGGUCCGGAAGAUUGGGGUGUUUAGCUGUGGCCCCCCUGGCAUGACCAAGAAUGUGGAAAAAGCCUGUCAGCUCAUUAACAGGCAGGACCGGACUCAUUUCUCCCACCAUUACGAGAACUUCUAGGCCUCCUGCCCAGGGGCUCCACCCACUGCCUGCUGAGCAGAGGUUUGGGUCACACCUCGCCUCACCUCUGUACUUCCUGUUUCUGGUUCCCUCGCCUUCUCCCCACUCCCACCUGCCAACCUUGGUCCGGGGGGCCAUGGUCAGUCACCACAUGUGGGUUCAGGGACCCCCAGACUCAUAGUCUAAGCCUGGAGAAGUGGGAGGCACCGUCCAGGGACUAGAGGUGGUUGUUUUGGGGCAAAAUGACACCUCUUCUUCCAAACUAAGAACAAUUUCAAAAGACUGGGGCUGACAAGUGGUAAGUUGUGUGUGUGUGUGUGUGUGUGUGUGUGUGUGUGUGUGUGUAGGGGGCUGUGAGCCUAGGAUGAAGUGGGAGCACAGAUGCUGGCAUCUUAGAACUCCUCCCCUAAGUCCUCCCCUUCUUCUGGGCUUUCCACUGUCAAAAGGGCUGGCAAAUGCCUUCAAGGGGACAGAGGCUGGACCCCAGAGAGAAAUUUAUAGGAAAUCUCUCAGCACCUCAGUUUAACAGCACAAUUGAUCUUCUCUCCCAAGUUCUUAAACAGGUUCUGUAGUCAGAACCUGGCUCAAUAUCUCUCUAUGUAGUGCUCUUCAGACGAUCUCUGCUCUUCUUGUUCCAUAGCCUCCUCUACAAAUAAAUCACUUUUCUGCCC